GCAGAAGGCAGGACGCCGCGGGCUCGCAAACCCUCCCGGCCUCUACUCGACGACCGCACGACCGCAGAGCGUGUCAGAGGGAUGUCGUCCUACCAAGCCGAUUACUGGGCGUGUGCCAUACCGGAUUCCUUACCCCCGUCUCCGGACCGUCGCUCGCCCCACUGGAACCCCAAUAAAGAGUAUGAGGACUUGCUGGAUUAUGCUUAUCCGCUGAAGCCAAGAUACAAGCUGACGAAGAUGCCAGAGCCUUUCCUCCACGACUCAGGGAUAGGUCUGGACAGCUUUUCUGUUUCCCUCGAGGGCACGUCGAGGUCCACCAGCAUCUACAGUCGAGGUGGGCAGGCUCGGGGAAGCAGAGAAAAUGAACGUCGGAGGUUUGUGGCCUCUACAGAGAGGGUCUCCACUCCGGGACCAGGAAAAAGAGGCCUCUCAGGAGCUGACUCGUACUAUGAACCAACUGCAAAAGCGUCCUUGGCCAAGAGUGCUUCCUCCCGUCCUCCUAGAGGUUUUGCUAAGGAUGUCAUGAUGGAGUCAGCCACGCCGGCCUCAUCUGACCACCCUGCUGUGGACGGGAGAAGCUGGUGGACCAGAGGGAGCCCCUUCCCAAACUACAGAGGGCACGUGAAGAGCGCUGAUAGGUUUUUACCUACGACACGAGUCCUCCCCCUGAGGAAAGACUGGGAGGGUGAUGAAGAAUUUCUCUCCCUGCCUCCAAGACUGCGGGAGCUGGAAAGGCUGGCUCAGUUUUUGUCCAGUCUUUCCUUAACUAUAAGGACGCCCGGGUACGACCGCCAAAACCUUCCGCGUCACAGCGACGGCAGGCAGUCCCGUCCGUCUGAGGUGACUCCUUUCGGAGAAGAGGAUGGCCGGGACAAAAGAAGAAACCCUGAGGAUUACGCUGGGCUGUGGCACCCCUGCAGCUCUCGAAAGUCCAGCUGGGAAAAUGCUGAAUCGCGUGGCCGGAUCCAUAAGGAUCCUCUGCGAGGGCUUCGUCUACAGAGCAGUCUCAGGGACACGUUGGAUGGGAUGUACCUAAAUGAACCGCGGGACAAGGGGCAUCCAAAGAAGAGCCAGCAGAGAGAGUCCCUUGCCCAAUGCAUUGAGAUGUUUUGCCGCCAGCUGGAAGAGCUAAUUGGUUGGCUCUACAAAGUGGCGGACAUCACCGACAGCUGGGUCCCAGCCUCACGGGACGCCGAGAGCAUGAAGGCAUCGCUGCACCGCUGCCUG